AUGGGAACACGCAGCGAUUCUUCGACUCCCAACCCGGACUAUGAUCUUUCAAGGCCUCUCAGUCUCGAUGGCAGUGGUCUUAGGCAAAAGCUCGCCUCUUAUGGAGAUCCACACUUCUCCCUCUUCAUGCGCAAACUCUUCAUCAAGGCUUUAGGGUACAGCGAGGACGCUCUUUCUCGGCCCAUUGUGGGCAUUGUCAACACCUACUCAAGCUUCAACCCCUGCCAUGCCAACAUACCCCAGCUAAUGGACGCCGUGAAAAGGGGCGUUCAACUAAGCGGUGGCCUGGCUAUCGACUUUCCUACUAUCAGUCUCCACGAGUCUUUUGCCUCUCCGACCAGCAUGUAUCUUCGAAACUUGAUGAGUAUGGACACCGAGGAGAUGAUUCAGGCCCAGCCGGUUGAUUCUGUUGUUCUGAUUGGUGGCUGUGACAAGACCACUCCAGCUCAGUUGAUGGGGGCCAUCUCAGCCAACAAGCCGAUUAUCCAUCUGGUGACUGGUCCGAUGAUGCCGGGCAGCUUUCAGGGUGCACGCAUAGGGGCUUGUACAGACUGUCGCAAUAACUGGGCCAAGUUCCGUGCCGGCACGUUAGAUAUUGAAGACAUAAGUGCUCUCAACGAGGAGCUUGCACCAACAGUACGUCUCCAGUUUCCCGCUUUCGCUCGGCGGUCUCUUACAUCAUCACCGGCCGUGUCCUCUUCGCGCCUCAGAAUAGCAGAAGCAACAGGCACCCAUGCAGUAGCCCUCGCAAGAUCUCAGCUCCGGCCACAGGCUUUACUGACAAGAGAAUCCUUCCUCAACGCCAUCACAGUCCUGCAGGCAAUAGGUGGCUCCACCAACGCCAUCGUUCACCUGAUGGCAAUCGUCAACCGCCACCCUCAGCUCGCCGGCUCCAUCAAGCUACAAACCAUCGACGACAUCGGCCUCAAGACCCCCCUACUGGUUGACCUCAAACCAUCAGGCGACAAUUACAUGACUGACUUUCACAACGCCGGCGGGAUGCUCGCCCUCCUCCACGAACUGAAACCCUUGCUACAUCUCGACGCAAUGACCAUCACCGGCCGCACCCUAGGCGAGGAGUUGGCUUCCAUACCCUUCCGCCCACUACCCCUAGACUCACCACUCAGUUCCAUCAUCCACCAUUUCAACAAACCCUUGUACCCCUCCAGCUCCCUCGUCAUCCUCUCCAAAGGCAACCUCGCCUCCGCCGGCGGAGCGGUGAUCAAAGCUUCUGCCUCCAAAGACCGCAGCCUCCUCUCCCACACCGGUCCCGCGGUGGUGUUUUCCGGUCCGCAAGACCUAGCAGAGAGAAUCGACUCCCCCAGCCUCAGCGUCAGCCCCUCCUCGGUGUUGAUUCUCCAGAACAUCGGCCCGGUAGGGAAUCCAGGCAUGCCAGAGGCGGGAUUGAUCCCCAUCCCGAGGAAGCUAGCUGCGAAGGGGGUGUCGGAUAUGCUCCGCAUCUCGGACGGGCGCAUGAGCGGCACGGCCGGGGGUACAAUCAUAUUGCAUAUUUCCCCCGAGAGCGCGGAUCCGGAGUCUGUCUUGGGGAUUGUCCAAGACGGGGAUGUGAUCACCUUUGAUGCAGAGAGGAGAUAUUUACAUGUGGAGAUUGAUGAGGACGGGGUCAGGGACAGGAUGGCGCAGCGGAAGAAGAUGAUGGCAAGUGAGGGCAGUGGGAGUGCUUGGGUUGCCAGGGAGAGGGAAAGGGGUUAUAGGGGGUUGUACAAACGGGAGGUUAACCAGGCAGAACAAGGGGCUGAUUUUGGCUUUUUGACGGCUGCUGGCCCAUCUUGA